AAAGUUGGAACGAGCUUGUUGGUAACAUUUUUUACUGUUUGAUUCUCAAAUACGUUUGAAAGAAACCAAGAAAAAGAGAUUUUUAAUUUGUCACGAGGCUUUCAAAAUUAGCAAAUUAUAAGCAGCGAGCUGCAAAUUUGCUUUUAUUCAACUGACUGAACUUUACUGUUCAUUUUUAUCAUCAGUCGCUCUGUUUUGGCUUUUGUUUUUAACUUUUGGUCGAAUAAUUGGCCGUUUUUCUACGUGUAUCAAUUUACUCUGUCACCACAGCUCAAAAUAUUGUAGAAAAGAAGCCAAGGAUUGAAAAAAGAAGCAAAAAAUCAUUUUUGAACAACACAAUCUGGAGUGAAAACGCUCAGCUUAGCCUACAACACAGCAGAAAAAGAACUUUCUUCAGCAAAGUAAAACAAUUAAGCCGACAAAUACUUCGUCUGUGUAGCUUUGGAGAAUGGCAAACAAGGCGAACAUUCAAGACGACUUCGGAGACAAGGGAGACGGAACCUAUGGGGAGAUUAAGGACACCAGUUGGCGAAUUGCGACUCCGAAGUCGGUGCCCCGCCUGCUGCGAGUGGACCUCAACCCCCGAGUGUCCAUCCCCUCCUUCAUCCUCAUCUGGGGCUUCAUCUUCUGGUGUAUGUUCCACGACGAGGCCAACUCACACAUGGGCGAGGCCAGGGCAUGGGUCACCGACAACUUCACAUGGCUCUAUGUCGGAUCCCAGGACGUGUGGUCGCUGUUCAUGAUCGUGCUCUACUUCAGCAAGUACGGAAAACUGAAGCUGGGAAAAGAUGACGAAGAACCCGAGUACCCAACCCUCACCUGGUUCACGAUGUUGUUCGCCUGUGGAAUCGGAGUGGGUCUCUUCUACUACGGAGUGUCGGAACCUAUCUUCCACUACACUGAUGGUACCAACAGGUACUUGGCUGACCCCUACAGACCCGACAAUCUGGUGGCCCAAGACGCAAUCAACCUCACCUUCUUCCACUGGGGAAUCCACGGCUGGAUUGUGUACUCCAUUGUGGGAUGUCUGAUGGCCUUGAUGACAUACAGACACGGUCUGCCGAUGAAGAUGAGCUCGUGCUUCUACCCCCUGCUCGGCACCAAGGUGUUCGGCUGGGUGGGGGAUGCCAUCGACAUCCUGUCAAUCAUCACCACCCUCUUCGGGGUCUGCACCAGUCUGGGUCUGGGGGUGAUCCAGAUCAACGGGGGCUUCACCAUCAUGAACAGCGACAUCCCCAAUGAGGAUUGGGUCAAGGUGAUCAUAGUGUGGGGUAUCACCAUCAUUGCGACUGCAUCCACAGUGUCUGGCAUGGACAUCGGCAUCCGACGCCUGAGCGAGAUCUGCUUCGGAAUGGGCAUGAUCCUCCUCACCUUCAUCGGACUGCUCCAGAACCCCGUCUACCUCCUCAACGUCUUCACUCAGUCCAUCGGGUACUACUUGAACUACAUCAUCCAACUGGGUUUCCACUGCGAUGCAUUUGAGAUGCACUCGCCGAGUGCCAUGGGCACGGACAGGGGCAGACACGUGGAGCAGGGCACUGACGGACACCAGGACUGGAUGGACUGGUGGACCAUCUUCUACUGGGGAUGGUGGAUCGCCUGGUCCCCCUUCGUCGGAAUCUUCAUCGCCAAAAUCUCCAGAGGAAGAACAAUCCGGGAGUUCAUAAACGGCACUCUAACAGCCCCCUGUCUGUACACUUUCCUCUGGUUCGGGUUCUUCGGGGGUGCCGGAAUCGGACUGGAACGUCUGGCGGCUCAAGAAGGAUACUGCUGCAACCAGAACUUUCAAAAUAACACUGCAAUCACAGGAUUAUAUGCAACCGAUACUAAUGCUUUAGUUGUGGAUGCUACCGAUUUUGGAGCUUACUGUGACGGAUCAGGGUCUGAAUUGGGAGGCUGCAAUGCUUGCGGGUAUGCUACGCUUAACUAUGCAGCUGCCGAGGGAAUGCAGCGCAAUGAGGUUCAUACCUGGAUUGGGGAAUCAUUCGGAAACCAAAGGGCAAGAUCUGCUGACAAGAAAUUUGUUCGACUCAGUUGUUUCAGCACAGAAGAGAGGUGGUUCUUUACCAUGGAAUCUCAUGGCAACUUCGGAGUCUUCCUUGACGUCCUCUCAAUUGCUGCUAUAAUCAUGUACUUCGUCACUUCAUCUGACUCGGGAUCCUACAUCAUCGACAUGUUGGGAUCCAACGGAGACCUGGAACCGCCGACGUUGCAGAGAGUGUUCUGGGCUCUGACUGAGGGCGGAGCGGCAACCGCACUUCUGGUUGCAGGUGGAAAGGAUGCGCUACAAGCCUUGCAGACAGUUUCAAUCGUCUGUGGCCUCCCCUACACCUUUGUGAUUUGCUUCCUCUGUGUAGCUCUGUGGAGGGCAUGCGGAGUAUCUUACAGGGAUCUUGACGCUCAGGCGCCCGAUUUCCCAGUGGGAUAUCUGGACUUCGCCACUGAGUUCAAACUGGACAUCAUUGGUGAAUGGCUUCUGGCGUUCAUUCUCGGACCCUACUGGUCGGCAAAAGCGGCUGUAAGAGUGUGGAAAAUGAAAGACUUCAUGACUUUCAUCUUCGCUGGCAUCGCCUACUUCCUUCUCCUUUGCUUCGUGGUCUUGUACCCGUUGCACUGGGUCGAACACGAGUUCUGGGCCUUCGCCUGGACUUGCUUCUUCGGCUUCGCAACAAUCAUCGGCGCCUGCAGAACUGCCGUGCGAGUGGACCGCGACUACAUUGGAAACCCGGUGGAGGACUGGUUCGCGGCACUAUUCCUGUACCCGAGUGUCGGACAGCAGCUGCGACGCUGUGACAACGAGGUGAAGCCGAUGGCAAACAACUUGGCUCAUGCCGAAAACGGUCACGCCCAGAAAGAAAUGGAGCCGCCCACUUACAAAUUCUGAAAUCGGUGAUGAUUGUAAAUAGGACUGAACUGUACAGGAGCUAGAAGAACCACAAGCAACUUCUUUAAAUCGAGUUUUGAGAUUUCAUGUAUCAAUAAGUAUUACAGACACUGAAUGGUUUUAGAUUGAAUAAUUCUUCCUAUUCUGUAAAAUUACUUGCAAGAAACGAUUUUUAAUCAAUCAAA